CCGGCGCUCUGACCGGCAGGUCGGUUCCAAUUGAUCCUGGCCGACUGAGUGACAGCCGAAGCUUUGAAAGCGAAAACACCAACGUCAUUUUGGAUGGUGUCCUCUUCUUGUUCUACUCGCAAAACUGUGUUGCACACACACGAAAAUAUCAGCAACAAGAAGAGCGAUAAAGAAAUUGAACGGAAUAAAGGGGCCGCCUGCAAGGAACAUCUAAAGAGAAAGGGCUAACGGUCCCUGAGGGGAUUUGACACAUGCAAACAGCGAGCCUGGACUUGGAAGACGAUCGCGCGGCACGAACCCCCCGUUUUGUGCUCCAUGAGCGCAUUUUCUGCGUUCAUUGUGAUCGAAUCGAAAGAGUUGCGAUGAAAUCCAUCUUGUAACGCGCAGCACCCGGAUGUUGCGAUAAUGUUGGCCAAAAGUCUCCGAGACAGCUCUAGGAACCGCUGAUCUCACUAGGAUGGGGGAAGGCUGAAGGGAAAUCUACCGUUUUGUUAUUUUUUGUUUCUUUUCAUUUAAUUUUGUUUAAUGAAGAAAGGAGGAUGCAAGACCAAGAAGAGCAGAAUGAAGGGGCAAAUUAUGCCAGCAGCACCAGAGCUCCUCUCCCUGGUGACAUACCAGCCCUUCAGUCCAACGCUUCCACCACACCCAAGCCAACUGCUCUCUCCUGGCAAGCUGCAAUUGAUGCUGCUCGACAGGUUAAGGCCUCGCAAGCCAUGAGUGCCACCACCCCUGCACCUGUUGGAUCACUAUCCCAAAGAAAACGGCAGCAAUAUGCCAAGAGCAAGAAGCAAGGUGGCAGUGCAAACAGUCGACCUCCCCGCGCACUCUUCUGUUUAAAUCUGAACAACCCCAUCAGGAGAGCCUGCAUCAGCCUCGUAGAAUGGAAGCCAUUUGAUAUCUUUAUACUUAUCUCUAUUUUUGCCAACUGUGUGGCCUUAGCUGUUUAUAUACCCUUCCCUGAGGAUGACUCCAAUUCAACGAACCAUGACCUGGAAACAGUAGAAUAUGCCUUCCUAAUCAUUUUUACAAUUGAGACUUUUUUGAAGAUUAUCGCCUAUGGAUUAGUCAUGCACCAGAAUGCUUAUGUGAGGAACGGCUGGAAUAUGCUGGACUUUGUCAUUGUAGUGGUAGGGUUAUUUAGUGUUGUUCUGGAACAACUUACCAAAGAAGGAGAUGGAGGGGGCCACUCCGGGGGCAAACCAGGGGGCUUCGAUGUCAAAGCCCUUCGAGCUUUCAGAGUGCUACGUCCUCUCCGGCUGGUAUCAGGAGUGCCCAGUUUACAAGUUGUCUUGAAUUCCAUUAUAAAAGCCAUGGUACCUCUUCUCCACAUCGCCCUGUUGGUUUUAUUUGUCAUCAUAAUCUAUGCCAUUAUAGGACUUGAACUUUUUAUUGGAAAAAUGCACACAACAUGCUACUUUCCCGGCACAGAUAUAUUAGCAGAAGAGGAACCAGCACCUUGUGCAAUCUCAGGGCAUGGGCGCCAGUGCCCUAUCAAUGGUACUGUAUGUAAAGAAGGCUGGCAUGGGCCCAAUGGGGGCAUCACCAACUUUGACAACUUUGCCUUUGCCAUGCUAACAGUGUUUCAGUGUAUAACAAUGGAGGGCUGGACCGAUGUAUUGUACUGGAUGAACGAUGCCAUGGGAUUUGAGUUGCCAUGGGUUUAUUUUGUCAGUCUCGUCAUCUUUGGAUCAUUUUUCGUUCUCAACCUUGUUCUGGGUGUGUUGAGUGGUGAGUUCUCUAAAGAAAGGGAGAAGGCAAAAGCCAGGGGAGACUUCCAGAAGCUGCGGGAAAAACAGCAGCUUGAGGAGGACUUGAAGGGCUAUCUUGACUGGAUCACUCAGGCUGAGGACAUUGACCCCGAGAAUGAGGAGGAUGGUGAUGAGGAAAGCAAACGUAACCCAAGCAUGCCGACAAGUGAGACAGAGUCAGUAAACACGGAGAAUGUGAGCACCGAGGUGGAGAACUCGCCCUGCUGUGGAGCUCUAUGUCAAAAAAUCUCAAAAUCUAAGUUCAGCCGACGCUGGCGUCGCUGGAACAGGUGCUGUCGCCGGAAGUGUCGUGCAGCGGUCAAGUCGGUCACAUUUUAUUGGCUCGUUAUCAUCUUAGUGUUUCUAAAUACCCUGACCAUUUCUUCAGAGCAUUACAACCAACCCAUUUGGCUGACACAGGUUCAAGAUAUUGCAAAUAAGGUGCUGCUUGCCCUUUUCACCUGUGAAAUGCUGGUGAAAAUGUACAGCCUGGGUCUGCAGGCCUACUUUGUGUCCCUUUUCAACCGCUUUGACUGCUUUGUGGUGUGUGGGGGCAUCGUGGAAACCAUCCUGGUGGAAUUUGAGAUCAUGUCUCCUCUGGGGAUCUCUGUGUUCCGAUGUGUUCGUCUGCUGAGAAUUUUCAAGGUGACCAGACAUUGGACAUCUCUAAGUAACCUGGUGGCCUCAUUGCUGAAUUCCAUGAAGUCCAUUGCUUCUCUGCUGUUGCUGCUUUUCCUGUUCAUCAUCAUCUUUUCCCUGCUGGGAAUGCAACUGUUUGGUGGAAAAUUCAACUUUGAUGAGACUCAGACAAAGCGCAGCACUUUUGACAACUUCCCGCAGUCACUGCUCACCGUGUUUCAGAUUCUGACAGGUGAGGACUGGAAUGCAGUAAUGUACGAUGGGAUAAUGGCCUACGGCGGCCCUUCCUCCUCAGGAAUGAUUGUCUGUGUCUAUUUCAUCAUACUGUUCAUCUGUGGAAACUAUAUUUUGCUGAAUGUCUUCUUGGCCAUUGCUGUAGACAACUUAGCAGAUGCUGAAAGUCUGAAUACUGCACAGCAAGAAGAGGCAGAAGAGAAAGAAAGGAAGAAAAGUGCCAGAAGUGGCAGCUCAGACAAAAAAGAAGAGGAGAAAUCAGAUGGGAAAACCUCAGAGUCAAAGGUCCCGGUCCUAGAUGAAGAAGAGGAAGAUGACAAGGAUCCAUACCCAGCGGGUGAUGUUCCAGGUGAGGUGGACGAAGAAGAACCAGAGGUUCCAGCUGGCCCUCGUCCAAAACGUCUCUCUGAGCUCAAUAUGAAGGAAAAGAUCACCCCAAUUCCAGAAGGCAGUUCUUUUUUCAUCUUCAGCAGCACCAACCCGAUUCGUGUGGGCUGCCAUCGGCUCAUCAACCAUCACAUUUUCACAAAUCUGAUCCUUGUAUUCAUCAUGCUGAGCAGUGUGUCUCUUGCUGCUGAGGAUCCUAUUCGUAAUUUCUCCGCCCGCAAUGUUAUACUUGGUUACUUUGACUAUGCUUUCACGGCAAUCUUUACUGUUGAAAUCCUCUUGAAGAUGACUGCCUUCGGAGCCUUCCUCCACAAGGGUGCUUUCUGCAGGAAUUAUUUCAACUUGCUAGACUUGCUGGUGGUAGGGGUCUCUCUGGUGUCUUUUGGAAUUCAGUCAUCUGCCAUCUCAGUAGUGAAGAUCCUCCGUGUGUUACGUGUCUUGAGGCCUCUACGAGCCAUCAACAGGGCCAAAGGACUAAAGCAUGUCGUCCAGUGUGUGUUUGUUGCCAUCAGGACCAUUGGAAACAUCAUGAUUGUCACUACUUUGCUGCAGUUCAUGUUUGCCUGCAUUGGAGUUCAGCUUUUUAAAGGCAAGUUCUACCGCUGCACAGAUGAAGCCAAGUCAAGUCCAACAGAGUGCAAGGGAACUUACAUUGUUUAUAAAGAAGGGGACGUCAAUCACCCAAUGAUUCGAGAGAGAAUCUGGCACAACAGUGAAUUUAAUUUUGACAAUGUCCUAACCGCCAUGAUGGCGCUUUUCACAGUGUCCACCUUUGAAGGCUGGCCAGCGCUAUUGUAUAAAGCAAUUGACUCAAGUGGAGAGAACAUAGGGCCUGUCUACAAUAACCGUGUAGAAAUAUCCAUUUUUUUCAUCAUCUAUAUCAUCAUUAUUGCUUUCUUCAUGAUGAAUAUCUUUGUGGGUUUCGUCAUUGUCACCUUCCAAGAACAAGGAGAAAAGGAAUAUAAAAACUGUGAGCUUGACAAAAAUCAGCGCCAGUGUGUAGAGUAUGCACUGAAGGCCCGACCACUCCGCAGGUACAUCCCCAAAAAUCCUUACCAGUACAAGUUCUGGUAUGUGGUGAACUCUACAGGCUUUGAGUACAUCAUGUUUGUCCUCAUCAUGCUCAACACCUUAUGUCUGGCCAUGCAGCACUAUGGACAGUCUCCCCUUUUCAACUAUGCCAUGGACAUCCUCAACAUGGUCUUUACAGGAGUCUUCACUGUUGAGAUGGUUCUAAAGCUGAUAGCUUUCAAGCCCAGGGGUUAUUUUGGGGAUGCCUGGAACGUGUUUGAUGCCCUCGUCGUUAUUGGCAGCAUUGUAGACAUCGUGCUCAGUGAAAUAGAUAACUCGGAGGACAGCUCCAGGAUCUCCAUCACGUUUUUCCGCUUGUUCCGUGUCAUGCGGUUAGUCAAGUUGCUGAGCCGAGGGGAAGGCAUCCGAACACUCCUGUGGACAUUCAUAAAGUCUUUUCAGGCUUUGCCAUAUGUUGCUCUGCUCAUCGCCAUGCUGUUUUUCAUCUAUGCUGUCAUCGGGAUGCAGAUUUUUGGAAAAAUUGCCAUGAUAGACAACACCCAAAUCAACAGAAACAACAAUUUCCAGACUUUUCCACAGGCUGUCCUACUGCUCUUCAGGUGUGCCACAGGCGAGGCGUGGCAGGAGAUCAUGCUGGCCUGCCUUCCAGGGAAACGCUGUGACCCCGAAUCUGACUACAGUCCAGGAGAAGAGUACACAUGUGGAAGUAACUUUGCCAUUGUAUAUUUCAUCACCUUCUACAUGCUUUGUGCAUUUCUGAUCAUCAACUUGUUUGUUGCUGUUAUCAUGGACAAUUUUGACUACCUGACACGGGAUUGGUCCAUUCUUGGCCCACAUCAUCUGGAUGAGUUUAAAAGAAUAUGGUCUGAGUACGAUCCUGAGGCAAAGGGCAGAAUAAAACAUCUGGAUGUGGUGACGCUACUCAGACGCAUUCAACCACCACUGGGGUUUGGCAAGUUGUGUCCACACAGAGUUGCCUGCAAGAGACUCGUAGCCAUGAACAUGCCUCUGAAUAGUGAUGGCACUGUGAUGUUCAACGCAACACUGUUCGCCCUCGUUCGUACCGCACUGAAGAUCAAAACUGAAGGAAAUCUAGAGCAAGCCAAUGAGGAGCUCCGAGCUGUAAUCAAGAAAAUUUGGAAGAGGACUAGUAUGAAGUUGCUCGACCAAGUGGUCCCUCCAGCCGGCGAUGAUGAGGUAACCGUGGGGAAGUUCUAUGCCACCUUCCUGAUACAGGACUACUUUAGGAAAUUCAAGAAACGCAAGGAGCAAGGCCUGGUUGGAAAGCACCCUUCCAAGAACACCACAGUGGCUCUCCAGGCAGGUCUACGGACCCUGCAUGACAUUGGGCCAGAGAUUCGGCGAGCAAUUUCAUGUGACUUACAAGAUGAGGACCCAAUGGAUGCCAAUAUUGAUGAAGAAGAGGAAAUCUACAGAAGAAAUGGUGGCCUCUUUGGGAACCACGUAAACCAUGUCAAUGGAGACAGGAGGAACUCAUCUUACCAGACAAAUGCCACACAACGCCCUCUGCAAAUCCAGACUCCCUCAGGUCAUCGCAGCUAUGACUCAGAGAAACACAAUCUGUUUGUGAAAACGGGCAACUCUCUCUUCCACAAUCAUUAUAACCACCAUUCUGUGAUAAAAUCUUCUCCAAAGUCCACCAAUGCCAACCUCAACAACGCCAACAUGUCUCUAAUUCCAAAUGGAAAGCACUUCUAUCACCGAAGCCAUGAGCACGCUUCUGCGAAUGGCUACUCUUCUCACUCGCCAUACAUGCGGAAUGAACCUUAUGACCCUCACCGCAAGGCCCACGCCAGGAGGACCCGCUACUAUGAAACCUAUGUUAGAUCAGAAUCUGGAGAUGGAAGGCUACCCACCAUCCAGCGUGAGGAACCCCAGCUGGAUGAUCACUAUGAUGAGGACCGCUACUCUGGGGAGUACUGUAGCGGGGAGGAGUAUUACCCUGAUGAUGUGCCGUCAGGAGACAGGAGGCCAUACAAGACAUACCGAGAAAAGUACUAUGAGCACGAUUAUGAAACCCCUCGUGGUUAUCAUCAUCCUUAUGGAUACUAUGAUGAUGAAGACACAAUCUACCAUGAGUCCCAACGUUCUCCAAAGAGACGACUGCUGCCUCCGACACCUCAAGCAAACCGAAGGCCGUCAUUUAAUUUUGAAUGUCUACGGAGGCAAAGCAGCCAAGAUGAUAUAUCCCUUUCUCCUAUGUUUCAUCAGCGCACAGCACUUCCUUUGCAUUUAAUCCAACACCAGGUGAUGGCUGUUGCAGGUCUGGACUCCAACAGAGCUCAAAGACUGUCACCAACUCGCUCCACACGAUCAUGGGCGACACCUCCUGCCACUCCCUCCAGCAAGGACCAUUCCCCAUACUACACUCCCAUGAUCAGAGUGGACCGACCCUACUGCAGAGAAAAUGUCAAUGGUAGCCUCUCGUCAGUACACAGGAGCUCAUGGUACACUGAUGACCAGGACUAUCCUUACAGGACUUACACACCCGCAAACUUAAAAGUCCCUCCAGAAUUUCGACACAAGUACCAUGAAAAGAGAGGGAGUGCCACCAGCCUUGUGGAAGCGGUUCUAAUCUCAGAAGGUUUGGGGAGAUAUGCCAAAGACCCCAAGUUUGUCUCUGCCACUAAACAUGAGAUUGCUGAUGCCUGUGACAUGACAAUAGAUGAGAUGGAAAGCGCAGCAAGCAAUCUUCUCAAUGGCAACAUAAACAAUGGCACAAAUGGGGAAAUGUUUCCAAUUUUAAGCAGGGGAGACUAUGAACUUCAAGACUUUGGUGCUGGCUACAGCGAUGAAGAACCAGACUCUGGGAAAUACGAGGAGGAUUUAGCAGAUGAAAUGAUAUGCAUUACAACCUUAUAGCACUGGCUAAAGCAAAUGCACACCUUAGGAGUAACAAAUAAAAGAAGUGCCUUGCUUGUGUUACAUGUAAGGCACAAGCUGAAUCGGCAUGGGGAGCUGAGAUCUGUGACAAUACAGUUGUUACAGCCGGCAGAAGCCAUAAGCGGCUUGUAAGCAGGGAUGCCAAGGUGGCUUUGGGGUCCACCAUGUGCUCAAGAAAGAGCAUCCCAUCCCUGCUGCACUCCCAUAUUGCCACCGCCAGGGAUUGUCUGCAAUGAAAAAUGGGGGCAAGCACCAUAGUGGCGGAGCUCCUGAAGUCGAGGGACACACUGGACGUGAAAGACGAAUAUAAAGGAUGGCGCCAUUACAUUUCUCAUAUCUGACAAAUUCCGUACAUGUCCACUGGCAAAGAAAACAGACAAAGGGUGACAUAUCCAUUUGUACAUGUUGGGAUUUCAUUCCUCUCUAACCUUUUCAAAUUUUUAUUCCAGCCAGUAGAAUUUUCAGUCACUUAACAACAGACGUUUACACAAA